UGAGUUCCACCGCAACGCACACUGAGCCUCAUACUACAGACAGAGUGUGUGUACUGCAGAGAGAGAGAGAGAGAGAGAGACACACACAGAGGGAGCCGAGCAGCUGGGAGUGUGUUGACUGGUCUGAUGUGACCACAGGAGAGUGCGAGGAGCUGCAGGUGUUUGUGUGUCUCCAGCUGGACAUGGAUCACCGGGGUCCGUCCUCGCCGCGGUGGAUUAAGUGAAAACACACCGCGCCUCCCUCGGGCUCUUCCCCGGUGCAAGUGCGAGCAGGUGGAUCCGGUUCCUGCGUCCGGCUCCGUAUCCCCCCCCCCCCCCCCUCCUCCUCCACCUGUCACCCUUAUGGGGAACCAGGUGGAGAAACUUACGCAUUUGAAUUACGCAGGGGUGCCCACCGCGGACCCGAAUGGCUUCGACCCGGAGGACGAGGGACCGCGCAUCGGCGUCUCGUACAUCUUCUCCAACGACGACCAGGACGACCAGGACGAGCCCAUGGACCACUACUCUUCCUCCUCGGACAGCGGGGGCCCGGGGAGCCACGAGGAGAAGCCCUUCGACCCACAGGAGGAGGUGCAGUGCGCGGUGUUCUACCGGGAGGAGAGCGUGUUCGAGAGGAGCAGCGGAGCCGCCACGCAGCCGGCGGAGAGCCUCCUGAACCGGUGCCGGCCCGGGGACCUGCUGGAGUUCGUGGCCACGGGGCAGUACCCGCACUGGGCCGUGUACGUGGGGGACUUCCAGGUGAUCCACUUGCACCGGGCGGAGAUCAAGAACAACUUCCUCAGCGACGUGAGCCAGGGCAAGAAGGGCCGGAUCGUGAACGGGCUCUACAGGUACCGUGCGCUCCCGCCGGAGGUGAUCGUGCGCAACGCCCGGGACUACGUGGGCUGCCGGGACCAGGAGCUCUACUGGAGGAACUCCGAGUGCUUCGCCGCCUGGUGCCGCUUCGGCAAAAGGGAGUUCAAGAUCGGAGGGGAGAUCCGGAUCGGGAAGCAGCCGUACAGACUGAAGCUGCUGUUCUCCGAGAAGCAGCACCACGUCCUGGAGUUCCAGAGCCUGGAGGACGUGAUCAUGGAGAAGAGGAGGAACGAUCAGAUCGGGAAAGUGGCCGUGAUGCAAGAGCUGGCCAACCACCUGAACGCCACACAUGAAAUCAAAGAGGAGCGAUUUGUCAACUGAGAGUGGAUGGUUCAGAGGAGAAGGUUGACAGACGUGAGGGAACAUCCAUGCCUUCCAUUGAGACAACUGGGACCAUGAGCCUGUGCCACAGACGUCCAGGUUGGAGCAAAAGCUAUGACAUCUGGAGGUGACACUUGUUCUGGUCUCAAGUGCAUUACUGAACUUCAUCACAAGUGUCAAAACAAAUUUUUAUUAGCAUUAGAGUGAAAAUCAGACGCCCUGGUGACACAUUUCCUUUUUUUUUCUAGAAGAGAACCAAGGUUUUACACUCCACCCGACCUUCAGUGACUUGAUGGAUAUAUUCAGAGCUGCAGUCUGGUCUGUUUUUGCAGAUGAAGUGAGAAUCAAAUUGUCCAUAAUUAGCUUUCUAAUCCAAUGAGUCUUUGCACAGAGGAGCAAACCCCCAGUGACGCACUUCAACCUGAGGAGAAGAGCCUCCUCUUGUGCCACUCAGGUGUUGGACACCGCUACAGAGACUGUGGUUAACUUGACUGUGUGUCAACUUGGAGGAUCUCUCCUCUUGUGCUUUAUAACUGAUCAUCACACAGCUUUACCCACUAUGUGACUCUGUUGUUGACACGGCUAAUUAGCCACGACUGUGCACUUUUAAAUCGAUUCAUCCCUUUCAACAGUUUAUUUUUUGGAAUAAAAUAUGUUUGUAUGAAGGAAUAUGGAAAUAAAUCUAUAUUUGAACAGUAAA